UGUCACAUGACCCAGUAGCGACCAGUCACUUUUGCCCGAAACAUGAAGAAGACACAUGAACCGGUAAAUGGCCGUCAAAUGAUGCCAGCAAUUAGUCCAAUUGUAACUACGCGGUAGUUGUGGUAUACUUAGAGUUUGAGGGUUUUUUUCUUUUUGGUGAAUAAAGCUUCUUGAAUACGUGAGACAAUUAAAGCAGUGUUCAGUUUUGUUAUUGCGACGAUCGCACCCAUUGGUUCCGACGAAGCUAUUGCAGUGGAGUUGUUACCAUUUUGUGCUAAUAUUUAAUGUGCCAUUUAAUAGAAGUUGUUGACUAGAAAAUGAAGCUUCGUGUCCAGCUGCAGUGCAAGAACUUGCAUGAAUACCUCAGAGAGCUGAGUCCAGAGAUUUUGGACAGACUGUACAAUCACCCAGCAACAUGUCUCGCUGUCUAUAGGGAGCUGCCUUGUCUAGCCAAAAACUAUGUGAUGCGAAUGCUAUUCUUGGAUCAGCCUCUUCCACAGGCAGCAGUGGCAUUAUGGGUGAAUAAAGAAAGCAAGAAGGAUCAUGAUGAAUGCGUAGCUGUGCUAGCAGGACUCCGCCUUUGGCACAGUCAGCAGCUACAGGGUGGUCUGCAGGGAUAUAUCCUGAAUCCAGUGUUCAAAGACAACCUGAGGAUAGCGCUGCUCGGCGGGGGUCGAGCAUGGGCAGACGAACGCAGCAGCCUGGGGCCUGACCGGCAUGCUCGCGACAUAGAGAGUCUGGACCGUUAUGCCAUGGAGCGCUGGGAAGUUAUCCUGCACUUCAUGGUGGGGUCUCCCAGUGCUGCUGUAAGUCAGGACCUGGCUCAACUGCUGACUCAAGCAGGGCUCAUGAAAAGCGAGGCGGGCGAGGCCCCCUCUAUCACCUCUGCCGGCUUCCAGUUCCUUCUGCUGGACACAGCUUCCCAACUGUGGUAUUUCACACUGCAGUACCUCAAAACUGCUCAGUCAAGAGGGAUGGGCCUGGUAGAAAUAUUGUCAUUCUUGUUCCAGCUCAGUUUCUCAACAUUGGGCAGAGAUUACUCAGUGGAGGGCAUGAGUGAGUCAUUACUCACAUUUCUGCAGCACCUUCGGGAGUUUGGACUGGUUUUCCAAAGGAAGAGAAAGUCAAGGCGGUACUAUCCCACCAGAUUGGCCAUUAGUCUGGCUGCAGGAGUCACAAGCAGCUCUUCUUCCCUUUCCUCCUCAUCUAACUUGGGCUCCACUCCCGGUACUGGAGAUGCUGGCUUCAUUGUGGUUGAAACAAAUUAUCGCAUCUACGCCUACACAAAUUCAGAGCUCCAGGUUUCUCUGGUAGCACUCUUCAGUGAAAUGUUGUAUCGCUUUCCCAAUGUGGUGGUUGCUCAGGUCACAAGAGAGUCGGUGCAGCAGGCAAUCGCAAAUGGCAUCACUGCGCAGCAGAUCAUCCACUUUCUGAGAACCAGAGCACACCCUAUCAUGCUGAAACAGACACCAGUGCUUCCUCCAACUGUAACAGAUCAGAUCCGACUUUGGGAGUUGGAAAGAGAUAGACUGCAAUUCACGGAGGGAGUGCUCUACAACCAGUUUCUCUCCCAAGCUGACUUUGAGGUUCUUCGAGACAGAGCUCAGGUCCUCCACCAUCUGUUGUUGACAUGCUUAACCAAUUACUGCGCAAGGAACAGCAUAUGGGUUUGGAUUGUCUGGUGUGGCAAGAUGUGGCUCACAGGGUAAUGGUGGUGACACCACAUGGACACAGUGAGGUCAAGAGGUUCUGGAAACAACAGAAAUCCCACACGUAACCAGGAGAGUAGGAAACAAGAAGGAAGCUAUCCCUCAGUAUCUUGCAACAUACUUUUCUGUAGAGCAAUUAUUCUUUAACAUUAACCUGGAACCGGCAUAUUCCUAUUGUCACCAAAUAGUGACCAACGUUUAUAUAAAAACAAUUUAAUGGAUAGUUAUAAUAAACUUUUGAAAUCACAAAAUUAUAAAAAAUGUUAUGCUUACAUUUUCACAGUGGCUUUUCAGAACACGUUACAUACAUGCAAACCAGUCACCUUUGACUUGAGCUGCAGGUGGCAAUAGGGGCAGCGCUUCGUUGGAGUUCCAAAAAAUGAUGCAUGGUUUCUGUUUGUAAUGUUUCAAUGUCUGCCUUGUUUAAAAAAAUGAUCACAGA